GUAUUACUGCGAUGCAAGGAGGUCAUAGUUGAAGGUCAGGAUGUGUUGCCAUCUAGACCAGUGUCCACAGCAGAGCCAUUUUCAAGUCCAAGUAUUACAUCGCAGUAUAUUCACAUGGAUCGCCCUUUGAACAAUGUUACAGUACGUGUUGGCGGGCGAGCUCAGUUCCAUUGCCGAGCUACUGGAAUACCACAGCCAGAAUUCUCCUGGUACAAGAACAAUCAGUAUUUAAUACAAGACACUGGAACAUUUGUCAUCCGUUCUUAUGCUUGGGGUUCACGUCUUACUGUAAAAAAUAUUGAUAUUAUAGAUGAAGGAACUGUGAAAUGUAGUGCCAGCAAUGAUGCUGGACGUGUGGAAUCAAUAGCCAUAUUGUCAGUGGAUGCAAGCAUAGUGAGCACACAAACAGAAAGGUGA